AUGUAUCUCCAUCAAUAUGACUACAUCUUCGGCAUCGGCACCGUGUUUGCCAUGCUCGAUGCCUACAACAACGGUGCUAAUGAUGUGGCCAACUCUUGGGCGACCAGUGUCUCCUCGCGGUCCAUUUCGUAUCGACAGGCCAUGGUCCUCGGCACCAUCUUCGAGUUUCUAGGUGCGGUGACUGUGGGUUCCCGGACGGCAGAUACCAUCAAGAACGGCAUCAUCCCCAUUUCGGCCUUCAAGGGGAAUGCGGGUGUGCAGAUGUUGGCUUUCACCUGCGCACUAGCGGCCGCGUCCUCCUGGGUGAUGUGGUGUACUCGUCACUCGGCUCACGUCUCUUCCACAUACUCGCUCAUCUCGGCCGUUGCGGGCGUCGGCGUCGCCACUGUCGGUGCAUCGGAAGUGCAGUGGGGAUGGAACAGUGGAAAGGGUCUCGGUGCCAUCUUUGCCGGUCUGGGAAUGGCUCCAAUCAUCUCCGGUUGUUUCGCUGCCAUUAUUUUCAUGCUCAUUAAGGUCAUUGUGCACAUGCGCCGCAACCCUGUCCCAUGGGCGGUGUACAGCUCGCCAUUCUGGUUCCUCGUUGCCGCCACAAUUUGCACCCUGUCUAUUGUCUACAAGGGUUCCCCCAACUUGGGUCUGAGCAAGAAGCCCGCGUGGUACAUUGUCGCCGUGACCCUAGGCUGUGGCUUUGGAGUCUGCCUGCUUUCGAUCCUCUUUUUCGUUCCCUUCGUCCACGCCAAGGUCAUUAAGAAGGACCACACGCUCAAGUGGUGGAUGAUCUUCAUGGGCCCUCUCCUCUUCAACCGCCCUACCCCUACUGAUGCUGCAGAGACCGCCAAGGUUCCAAACUAUGCUGUCAUUCAGGAUGAUGAGGAGUAUGAGGCCUCCACUCGAUCCCAGGGCUCGGUUGAUGAUAGCAAGAAGCCCCAUGAGACUGCUCUCCCCGCGGAGGACCAGGAGAAGGCUCUUGUCAAGACUGAGACCACCCAGCUGACCUACAAGGAAAUCAUGGCUCAAUCGGAGGCCCGUCACCAUGAAAAGCUCUUGAAGGGUCGUGGCCCUCUGGGUUGGGCCAUGCGCUUCCUUCGUGACAACCCCAUCGGCUCCGGCGAGAUCUAUGAGAUCCGCAACAUCGUGGCCCUGUUCAAGCGCAUCCCGGCCAUGAUCGUCGUUGGCCUCCUUUAUGGUGCUCAUUACGAUAUCCAUACUGCCCAGAGCGGUAUCGCUGGUACUCCGGAAGGCGAGCGCAUGAAGCGUGUCUACUCGGCAGCCGAGAAGUACCCCAACGAGGUUGAGCACACCUACUCCUUCGUCCAAGUCCUCACUGCCUGUACCGCCUCUUUCGCCCACGGCGCCAACGACAUCGGAAACUCGGUCGGUCCCUGGGCCACCAUCUACUCGGCCUGGUCGACCGGCAAUGCCGCCGCCGCCAAGUCUACCGUCCCAGUCUGGCAGCUUGCUGUUCUCGCUCUGUGCAUCUCCACCGGUCUUAUCACUUACGGUUACAACAUCAUGAAGGUCAUGGGUAACAAAAUCACCUACCACUCCCCUAGCCGUGGCUCUUCCAUGGAGAUGGGCGCCGCCAUCACUGUCCUGAUCUUCUCCCAAUACUCUCUGCCGGUCUCCACGUCGAUGUGCAUUACUGGUGCCACUGUCGGCGUCGGUCUCUGCAACGGUACUCUCAAGGCGGUGAACUUCCAGCGUGUUGGCCUCCUGCUACUUGCCUGGAUCCUGACCAUCCCCAUCGCCGGUACCCUUGGUGGGUGUCUGAUGGGUCUUUUCCUCAAUGCGCCUCACUUUCUCUGA